AUGACUCUCCUCUGGAUUCGAAUCUACAAUUUGUCCUUCAAUAUACAAAAUCGAGCUACUGUUAAUUGUCUGGGUAGUUUCUUAGAGAUGGAUGGAGAGGAUGAACAGCUUGGAACUCUGGGUCUUACAUUGAAAUAUUGCGAGUAUGAUUUCGAUGAUGCAGAUGACCUUGAGCUUUGCAUGAGGAGUUAUGGAGAAUGGUUGCAAGCCUCACCAAGGAAGAAUCGAGCUUCUUUCAAUUCUGAUAAUUUUGGAAAUAGGGUGAUGGGUAUUAGAAAAACAUUCCAUAAGGCCAUGCAAGCUGCUUCAAGUAUGGAGAAUCCUAACAGAAAAGAAAAUGCUGACAUGGCUGCAGCUUUUAUUCAAUUCCGUGAUUUUAAGCCUACCAUGAUAAGGAAGGUGAGCUAG